CACCCCCGCUGCAGCCCUCCCCGUGCCCCCCGGCGGGCGCUGGCUGCUGGGCUGCGGUGACUCAGCGCGGGGCUGGGGCUGACUCAGCGUGACGCGCAUAAAGGGCGGCGCGGAGGCCGUGCUGUCCGGUGAGGAGGUUCUCGCCGCUCUGCCGCUAUGGAGCUCCCGGGGCUGGGCGAGCACUGCUCGGAGCGAGCCUGCAAGCAGCUGGACUUCCUUCCUCUGAAAUGUGAUGCAUGUGGGGAACUCUUCUGUAAAGAUCACAUCCGUUACGACGACCACAAGUGUAGCUCUGCCUACAAGAAAAAUGUGCAGGUUCCUGUGUGUCCACUUUGUAACGCACCUAUCCCGGUACAGAAGGGGGAAAUACCAGAUUUUGUGGUUGGAGCCCACAUGGAUAAGGACUGCAAAUAUAAUCCAGCACAGCAAAAGCAGAGGAUCUUCACAAACAAGUGCUUAAAGCCAGGCUGCAAAAAGAAAGAGAUGAUGAAGUUGGUUUGUGAACAGUGUGGUGGCAACUUCUGCAUAAAACAUAGGCAUCCUCUGGAUCAUGACUGUAAAGGGGGCGGCCCCAUCUCCAAGGCAGGAUAUGCAGCUCUGAUGAGAGCCUCCCAGACUGCCUUCAAGUCCACGGGAGCAAUUGGAGUGCCAUCUAAUGGGAGCCUUCAGCACAACAGAUGCAGAUAGUAGAGGCUCUUCACAUCUGGAUCAAACCUCUGUCUACUUUAAAAUGAAUCCUAUCUACACCUCUUGAAAAUUUUCAAUUAACUUAUUUUUGUAUUAUAAUGUUUUAUGCAUUCAAUAAACUGUCACCCUUUCC